AUGGACCUAUCAUGUUUACCUUUUGACUUGGUUCUGGAAAUCAUUGUCCGUUCACCGUCCAAGUCAAUUGCUAAAUUUAGAUGUGUUAGUAGGCAGUGGUGUAGGGUUUUGUCUGAUCCUAAGUUCUUGCAUGCAAACUACAUUGCUGGUGGUGUAAUUAAGAAACCCAUUUUCAUAAAUUCGCCUUAUCGAUUUCAAAAUUUGGGUGUAUGUUCGAUGGACAUCACCAAACAUAUUGAUGAUAUCGGCAUUCAGCGGCGUAUAAGGACAGACAUGGUUGGAGAAGGUCUCAUUUACGACAUGCAAGUAUAUGGAGUAUGCAGGGGUCUUCUAUUGGUUAAAGGCUUAUUUCAAGGUAAUUUUUCUACCUAUGUUUGGAACCCCACAACUGGAAAUUUCCUCGGGGUUAACCAGAGGCCACUGACUGAUUCAACCCCAAUAGUAGAGGAAUAUAUUCGUAAGUUCUAUGGUUUAGGGUAUGUUCCUAUUGUAAAAGAGUAUUUUUACAUGGAGGUAUAUGAUAACAUAUAUGAUGGCACAGGCAUCAUUGAGCGUUACUCAUUCAGAAAUGGUGAGUGGUCCACCAUUAAUACGAAUAUAUUCUGUAGGUAUAUGGAUCCUGAUUUUACUGUAUCAAAUGGGUGGUUGGGUUUGUAUUUUGGUGAAGCUUUGUAUUGGGUUGUAUUGUCUUUUAUUAGUCACUCGUUUGUUAUUUUAGCAUACCAAUGUAGUAGUGGUGAAGCUGAAGAGAUUGUUCUCCCCAGCGAGUGUGAUUUCGAAAGUGUUGAAGUUUGUUCAUUGGUUAUACUACAUGAACUUAUCAGCUUUUGUGCAAUAUUUGACAAUGUUGAAAGAUCAAGCUAUUAUGUUGUCAAAAUAUGGAGCAUGAAGGAAAAUGGUGGUCAAUGUUACUGGACUCAAUACGUAACAUUGCACACGUCUCACUACGGUUCCGGAUACAUGUUACCGGUGUGUUCUACAGAUUUUGGUGUUGUUUAUGUAAACAACACCAACGGAAUGAUGCUUAGGAAGAAUAACAUUGAGCGGAUUCUUGAGCAUAAGAUAUUUGAAAUUAUUGAAGUUCCGCACUACAUGUAUAUUUAUGAAGAAAGCCUUAUGUGGUUAUAG